UAUAUAUAGAGGUGCGCGCACGUCGGCAAGUUCAGUCGUCCACCGCGUGCCGACCCGCGAGCAUCGUAUAACCACCCUCCCUUAGCAAAUUCCUCAUUUUCCCUUGUUUCGUUCGCUGGCGUGUGCGAGGGACUCGAAGCCGGUCACGUGUCCUCCCCCUUUCGCACACUUGAACGCGAGUGCAACCAUGCAAGUGCGAGCACUCUCGUUCAGAUUCGUCAUACAAUCCUCAAGAUGAGCCGCGACUAAUUAUUGGUGGCAUUUUUUUUUAAGAGACGGGUUUCCUGCAGAUUAAAAAAUUGAAAUAUACGGGGUGAAUAUGACGCUUUGGACUUACCGUGAUAUGAUUCUUGCGUACGAACAGCCGAUCGAAAUUGAUUCCACCUCCAUUCGAUCGAAGAUGACUUCGAUCCGUCUCGAUGCACGAUUCAUCGGUGAUAACACACGAUCGCCUAUCGCGGAUAUUUGCUAAAAUUAUAGAAAAUAAUAAAUGAAAUUCGACAAUGAUCAUCGACUAUGAAAUCAAAAUCGUUCGUGAAUAACAAACGCGAUGCCAAUAAAACGUGUCGGCAUAGAAUACAAAGUUUAUUGUGCUUAGUUUCUCUGAGUGGCAUUGAAUAAAAAGUCAAUUUGAGUGAAAUGUGAGGUAACAAUGGAGCUGAGGAUCAGUAUUCUUCUUUUAACGCUUCUCCGCCUUGCUAGCACGCUUGAAAGUACGAAGGAAGAGGACGACGCCGAGGAAGACGACGAGGAUAGCUAUCCCGUCGAAGAUUAUGAUUACAAUGACUACGAGACCGCGACUAUAACCAGCGACACCGAUCUUAUCGUCGGCGGUUCUCUGCCGAUUUUUUUGGUGGAACCUACCGAUACGUUUGUCAUCAAAGGAAAACCGGCGACCUUACAUUGUCGUGCCGCUCAUGCACUGCAGGUGUAUUUUCGCUGCAACGGUGACCGGGCCGAGCGUUCGCAGCAGCAGGAUUUCGUCGACCCUCGUACCGGGACGAGGGUCGUCGAGGUCGAGUUGAACGUGACGAGGAACGAGGUCGAGGAGUACUUUGGGAGGGAGAGAUUCAAGUGCGAGUGCGUGGCAUGGUCGGGACCAGGUCAAAUUCGAGGGCAGCCCGCUACGGUUGAGGUCGCCUAUCUGAAGAAGCACUUCCUGUCGCCGCCAUAUUCGCUGUCGGUGGAAGUCGGCCGCAAUGCGGAACUGCGAUGCUCGCCGCCUUUGGGUGUACCACCGCCGAAGGUUUAUUGGCUUAGAAACGGCUCUCCUCUUGAGACGACCGCCGCCGGCGCAGCUUCCGUCUCCUCCGACGCGAACCCCAACAAAAUGUCCUCCGCGACCGGCUUUGUACAAUCCGCCGACGGGCAUCUGCUCCUCGGGGAAGCCGAAUUGAGGCAUCAAGGGAACUACUCCUGCGUCGCUGAGAACAUUGCCGCGAGGAGAGUCAGCGAACCGGCGGUGCUCACCGUCUACGUGAACGGCGGGUGGUCGUCCUGGUCCGGAUGGUCAGAGUGCAGCGUUCGCUGUGGUAGAGGAGUACAAAAGAGGACAAGAACAUGUACAAAUCCCGUUCCAAUCAACGGCGGUCAAACGUGUCCAGGGCCAGCCACGCAAAGGGUAGAAUGCAAUCCUUCCUGCCCCGCGGUCGAUGGCAGAUGGUCAACUUGGUCCUCGUGGUCCGCAUGCGGUCCUGAUUGUUCGCGAGUAAGGAGGAGAUCUUGCAGACCCCCGCCGAGUAACGGCGGUCGUCCCUGUCAAGGCAAGGACGUCAUCGUCGAGUCCUGCUCCGCGGAUCGAUGUAAUGCACUUGGACAAGAUGGGCCAAGAGUGUUCAAGGAAGCGACUAGAGCGGUCGAUUACAGAAAUAUCCUCGCAUUGUGGAUCACUUUGAGUUUAGCCGCGAUAAUUCUGGCCGUGACGACGAUUUUCUUCGUUCGCUUAAUGCGCCGGAAAGAAAGAAUGGAAGCGUUGUACGGCGUUGCGAGAUUGGACUUCCGUCGUCCGGGUGAUCUCGCAAAAUCGGUCGUUUCUAAAAACGAACGUUCCGGUUUGGCCAGCGACAGACGUCUCGAACAUGUGAUUGAUGAAUCAAACGCCGCAAGAUUACCCAGAUCCUGUUCCGAGCAUCAUUAUGACGUUCCGCAAUUGUCAUUACCGUCGACAACGAGACCAUCGCCGAGCUCUUCUGUAACUAGGUCUUCUUGCAAGAACUCGCAACGAGGACGCGGCAUGUCGGAUAAUGAGGAGGGACGGUCUUCUCGUUCGACGUAUCAGGCGAAUCCAGAAAGCACCAACGAGGACGAUGACGAGCAGGACGACGAUGAAAGGUCGGAUGAGAACGAACGAUCCACGACAGAUGACGGUAGUGGUUUUAUCGUGAGAGCUAUAAUUGACGAGCAAGGUGCCCUUUUAGUCGUACCCGAGGUGGGCGUUUCGAUGUCGGUGCCGGAAGGUGCGAUUCCGCGCGGUCGCCGACACAGUCUGCAUCUCGCUGUACUCGGAGAAAAUUCCUUCAGACCAAAUCUUCCACCCGGAUUCACGUUACUGUCCGCUGUGGUGACCUGCGGUCCCGCGAGUGUCGAUCUCGUGAAGCCGGUCAUACUUCAAUUCGAGCACUGUGCCGAGCUGAGAACUGGAAAUUGGGAGCUGAGCUUGUGGUCCACGGAGAUCGAUUUAGAGACACGUUCGAACAAUUCCACGAAUUCGUCGGCGAGCUCGAGCGGUUCGCCGUCCGCGACGACGUGGCGCAAGGUGCUGAUGCUCGGCGGCGAUCCGACGAAUCUGCCCGGUCAACCGUUCGCCCAGCUCGAUCACGCCGGUGUGUUCCUCGUCACGGAGACACCCAGCGUGUACGCGGUGGCUGGAGAAAAUUCAGUGGUUGCACCCGGAUUAGCCGUGAAGCGUCUCUGCGUUGCAGUUUUCGCGUCCCGCGAGCGCGAUCACAUUAAAUGUCACGUCCUCGAAGACACCAAAGCAUCGUUUAAACUCAUAAGUGAACAGGAACGUCGUUUGGGUAGCAUUUAUAUCGAUCAUAGUACUCUCGGGUUUCGCGCCAGCGGCACGUCGCUUCGCGUCGAUCUCGAAGAUAGAGAGAGCGGUUUUGCCGAGCGACAGGAAGUACCUUACCGGCGUAUCUGGGCAUCCUCGAGGAUUAGUAUCCGGCGUUCCUUUAGGAUAGAAAAAGUCGUUGGCGAUCUCAGGCUUGGCUUUGAGCUUCGUGCUUAUCAACGUGGUUUCGAAGAUCAAGGCUCGCUUCUCAGGAUUGAUCUCGAUCUUGUAAAAAGGAGUAAUUUGAGUGGAAAGAGGAACGGUAGCAAAACGGAAUAUUCUGUUGUUCUACGAGGGAAAAAUUCAGCGAGAUCCACAGAAUCUGUCAUACCGAGACCAUUCAGAUUUUCUAAGACGCUUAGAAAGCAAUUAUGUCAAUGUCUGGAUCCGCCAAGUGCACGCGGUAAUGAUUGGCGAAUGCUGGCUCAAAGAUUGCAAGUAGACCGAUAUGUCGACUACUUUGCAACAAAGGCGAGUCCAACGGAACAUAUUUUGGACUUAUGGGAAGCCAGGCAUCGCGAAGCCACGGCUUUAGCAGAUUUACUGAAUCAUUUAAGACUGAUGGGACGCGUUGACGCAGCCAACGUACUUGAGAGUCGUCUGGGGCCAUGGAUCUAAACGAUCAUGAAAAAUUUACACUGCCUACAUAACCAAACGAAAUGCAAAUUUGUAAUACAAAAAAACCAAAAUUUUGUACAUAGAGUAGUUAUUAUACGGUAUUAGCAAAAUGGACGUAGGAACAUAUGUUGUAUAAACAUUGGUCAUAUUUGUACAUAAAAGUUUACAACAAAUA